AUGGCGGACAUGAAUGCGAUCGUGGCUCUCCAGAAGGCGGAGCGCCUAGUGUCUACCAUUGCACGGGCCUUCUACACCGACAUCACCGUCCUCGUUGUCGACACUCUUAUCAGAGAAAAGUACAUCAAGGACAAGGAUGAGGAGCUGGGCAGCCGGCUCAACCUGCAGCCCAAGCAGGUCCGCUCCGCACUCGCCGAGCUCCUCGCCGAGGGCUUCGCUGCAAAGGAAAUGAUGUCGGACGAGAUCUACUCGGGUCGGAGCAGCAACUACUGGUACAUCGACCUGAGGCACGCCGUGAACGUGAUCCUCCUCCGCGUGUUCCAGAUGAAGGAGAUCCUCAGCCAGCGGCAGGAGGCGAAAGCCGCCCACCAGGCACGUGAUAAAAACCAGCCUGGAAAUCUAGUGCAGUGCGGACCCUGUGAUAGUUGUAGCACUCUUGCUCACGAGAAAAAUGUUCCCGUGAAAGCGGAUUCGUAG